AAAUAUUUGACGAUUGAAAGUUAUCACUUUUAUAAUUUUUAAAACAUUAAUUGUCAUUAAUGUCACUGAAUGUAUUUUUUCGUAGCAACGAAGGGCAUCUGACGUAAUAUACUUAACGACGGGAGAUUAUCAAAAAUUAUCGAUUUAAUUCAGAUUUCUGUAGCUUUCUAUUGGUCAGAAUCUCCUAUGAAUGAAAUAAUCAAAGAAAUUUUUCGUCUACCGUUGCAAUGAAGUCGUGGGUGAUCGGGUCAAAGGCCUUUUCUAAUUCAAUAAUGUCACCAUCAUUGUCAUAUCAGGUCACAGUCAACAUGUCAAUCGUUACGAACAGCUCCUUAAUCAACUUUCUUAUAGUAAUAGCAACGAUAGUAUUCACUGCUACUAUUUACAUAAAAUAUAAAUAUUCAUAUUGGAAAAGAAAAGGUAUAGUGCAACUGAAACCAACAUUUCCUUAUGGAAACCAUGGAAGUGCGCUUCCCAGAGGAAUCGCAUUAGGUGGAAUAGUAAAGAGGUUCUACGACGAGUUCAAAAAACAAGGACUUAAAGUAGGAGGUGUAUAUAUGGGUCUAAGUCCUUAUUUGGUAGUGGUAGAUCCAGAAUAUGCUAAGGAUAUUUUAACAAUAGAUUUUCAAUAUUUUACAGACAGGGGAAUAUACAUUAACAAAAAUAAUCCCAUAAGUGUUAACAUACUUUCACAAGAAGGUGCAGAAUGGAGAGAAUCAAGGGCCAAAUUUACGAACAUUUUUACAUCAGCAAAAAUGAAAUAUUUCUUUGAAACACUAAAAAGAUCUAGUGAAGAACUUAGAACCAGCUUGAAACAAUUCGUUGAUAGUAAUAAAGAUCUGGAUAUAUUUGAAACGAUAGCAUGCUACACCACUGAUAUUAUAGGAGAUGUUAUCUACGGUAUUGAAGCAGGCAGUUUUAAGCCAGAAGGUGCCAUUAUCCGAAGAUUGGGCAAUGAGCUAUUUGGGCAAUUUACAUUAAUGGAUCAACUUAAAUUAUUUAUUACGAUCUGCUAUCCAGGCAUAGCAAAGAUAUUAAAUAUAAGUCAAAUUCAAGAACACAUUGGAAGCUUCUUCAUUAAAUUUUUCAAGGAUGCCAUGGAGUACAGGGAAGCAAACAAUAUCAAAAGGGCUGACUUUCUGGAACUGUUAAUAGAAAUGAAAAAGGCUGGAGUAAAGCUGACUGAUGAAGAGAUGGGUUCACAGGCAUUCCUGUUCUUCGCAGCUGGAUUUGAAACAUCAUCGAUGUCUUCAUCUUUAACACUUAUGGAGCUUGCUCUACACCAAGAUAUCCAAGACAAAGUUAGAGAAGAAAUUCAUGCUGCAUUAAAAAAGCACAAUGGUCAAGUAUCUUAUGAAAUGUUAAAAGAACUGACUCUUUUGGACAAAGCUUUUAACGAAACCGUAAGGAGAUAUCCACCCCUAAGUGCAAUAACCAGGACAUGUGUCAAAGACUACAAAUUUAGAAACAGCGAUAUUUCGAUAGAAAAGGGCACUCCUGUUAUUCUUCCUCUUAUAGGGUACCACGCAAAUCCAGAUUAUUAUCCUGAUCCGCUGAAAUGGGAUAUAAACAGGUUCCAAGAUAAAAAUGAGAAGCAUGUAGGAUUCUAUCCCUUUGGAGAUGGACCACGCAAUUGUAUAGGAUCAAGGUUCGGCAUUAUGCAAGUAAGAUUGGGAUUAGUAUCUGUGUUACGGGACUAUAAAGUAACGGUUAGUCCCAAUACGAAAUUACCGCUCAAAUUUCACGAAAACACCUUCGUUACCAAUACCAUAGAUCCUGUUUUGUUACGAAUAGAGAGCGUUAAAAAGGAUUAGAUAUUUUAAAAUAGAUUUUUUAAUAAUGUUGGUAUCUUUUUAUACAUAUUUAUAAAUAUACUUUUUAUUUUUAAUUUUAAUUUUAUUUUUCUAAAUUUUAAUUUAUUAGAGAUAAUAUCUACGGUCUAAGCACAGUGUCAUAGUACCUCUAGAAAAAUAUUUAUUUAAAAUACACUUUUAAACAAUUCUGAUUAGUUUUAAUAAUAAAAAUACAAGAUGU